CACGUACCAGGGCAACAGAAAAUGUUGAGAGUGGCACUCGUAGUAUCCAUCUUUGUCCUAUCACUGGGGGGUUUAUAUUGUACUCCAGUUCAGACAUCUACCAAGCCCGAUGACAGCUCGGCCAAGCACGAUGACAGCUCGGCCAAGCCUGUUGACAGUUCUGCCAAGCCUGACGAUAGCUCUGUCAAGACUAAGGAAGUGAUAAUGUCUAGUGGACAGGACAUGAGUUCAUCAGAGGAUGCUAAUAACACUGUUGACCUGAUCACGUUCAUGAAUCAGUGCAAUGAGUCUUUUAGGACCGAUAUGGCGUACAUAGACGCACUAAUGGAAAGCGGUAGUUUUCCGGACGAAACCGAUAGGACCCCGAAAUGCUACGUGAGGUGUGUCCUCGAACACGUAGGAGUAGCGUCUGAAGAGGGUGCGUUCGACGCCGCGCGCGCUUCCGAGGUGUUCGCGGGAGAACGAGGCGGCAGGGCUAUGACUGAUGUACAGGGUUUGGCUGAAGCUUGCGCUGAUCGUAACGAAUCAUGCAAGUGCGAGAGAUCCUACAGAUUCAUGAGGUGCCUGAUGGAAGCAGAAAUAAAGGAAUAUUCCUCCAAUUGAGUAACAAUACUUCUGUGAAGAAAACAACAGGCGCUGUAAAACUGACACGGAACACGAAUAGAUAUUAUAUUAGUUAUUUAAUUCAAUAAAUGGUCAUAAAGAA